AUGUUGGCACACUAUAUCCCUUUGUUUUUCUGCUUGGCAGUAUGUGUAUCGGCAGAUGGAUGGGACGACUUUACGAAUAAUCUCGCAACGGAUUUGGCGCCUUUAAUAACUCUCUUCGGCGAGCGGAUUACCAUACAAUGUCUUUCUGAGUCGACCUCAAUUCUCGACGACAUUAUCUUUGCCCUCGCUCCACUAGGUGUUCUGACAGCAGUUGUGUCUGCGAUUCGAGUCUGUGGCAACUCCACGCUCCGCGCAUUCAUCGGCAGGGCCCAAGAAGACCCCGGUUCUGUUGAGAGAGAGCUGCUCUCAUGUGUUUCAGAUUCGACCGCUGAGAUAUUCAGCGACUCUGGGGUUUCCAGAAUAACCGGCAAUCCGAAGAUCCUAGAAGUCGUUAUCGACGAAAAUCCAAAGAAUGAUGGAAUGCUGGAUAUUAAAAAGGUGAGAGAAAUCGCAAAAAGCAACUCGCCAUCGGAUCUAGAGGACGAUAUCCGACCUCCAAAUCUAUCUUUGAACAAAGGUAUCAGAAGGCGAACCCAGUUCUGGUUUUACUUAGCCGCGAUCUUUGGUGUUGGGCUGCAAGCUGGUGUUAUUAUAUUUGCCAUUCUUACUGUUUCUCGUUGGGCGCAGGCCUUUCAGAAAAACGGACAUGCCGUGGAUAGCUACGCUUUGCCUAUGUUUAUUAUCGGCACCGCUCUCCUCGCUCUAGGGAUGUUCUUUUGUGCCUUAGUCGUGGAGCGCUUUUCAGCAAAGCAUUAUUUCCCUAUGCCAAGCGGCAGCAGCAGAGUAUACUGGGUGCAGCCAGGAAACCAGAUGGUGGGCGACCAGGUAUUUCCGGCUUUUGUCGGUAGAACAGACAAAGGCGCUAUUUAUACCCGCUCUGUAAGACAUCGUUCCCCAGAUAAACUGUGGUACCUAAGCAAAGAAGUCUGGCUCAUACAUAUCGUCGCCCUGACAAUGAUUGGCUUUGUGAUGCAAUUUAUUGGUCAGCGUGGUCUCCAUUCCUCUGUAACUCUUGCUCAGUUAGGGUCUACCAUGGUUAUGACUGCAGUCAGAACCAGUCUUCGCGCGCAGAGAAUGCACGAAGACGACAACAUGCUCGGACGUGACCAAAAGAUGGUAUCCAACGGGGGACAUGAGUUGGAUUGGCUUGCGUUCUCUCUAAUGAAAAUCCAGUCGUUUGAAAUUUGUCCCAUUACGACUUCUACUGCGCAAAACUCUGAAGAGACACCGCAUUGUAUUGUACAAAAUCUUAUCAAAACACGUCAAAGACUUCGGGAACUGGCAGGCCUACACUGGAAUGAGACUUCCAUAGUCAAAGCGGCAGAAAAAUUGGCCCAAGCAAUAUAUAAGUGUAUCCUCCUUGAACCAGGCUCUCAAUUCACACUAAACAUACCGAUUGAGGUUCAAGAAGAAAAGACUUCCGAAACCAUGCGCGAAGUGUUUGAAAUACCGAUAUCAAUUGAUAAGAAUUACAAGUCCUAUAUAAAUAUUUUCGAGCCGAUUCUCGGGUUAUACGUGUGGUCUAUCAAACGAGCAAACCCUGAAUUAGAUGAGACGUGUCAGUAUUCCUUUUUCAAGGCGUUUCGAAUCAACAACAAGAAUGCUCAUCAGAAACGCCUUCUUUUACGAAAAUGGAUUAAUGCAGUAUCUUUUACUGAUCAGGCUCAGCAGCCUGCCAAAUUCCUCAAGCGUUGCCAGACAUUCGGCAACACGAAAAGUUCCACAGGCAUACAAGGGAACGAUGACGACGUUCUCAUUACAGUUACCUCCAGUCUCUAUGCGCUUGCAGCUCAAGACAUCUUUACUCAUAUAUUUUCUUCCAUGUCAAAACAUUUUAAAAACACUUCUGCAGGAACUUAUAUCUCAGGAUUCGAUGAAAGCAGCUUCAUAGCGCGCAAUGGUAAUUUAGAAUCGGCGAAGGAGGCGUUUAUAAACGCAGGACUAGGGGACUCUGUGGAGGCAGCCCUAUGUAUAUUACCAGCACUUUAUGAUCGACAACUGAUACCUGAAAUCUCGUUAAACACUUGUGAGCUGCGUGAACAAAUAAAAGAGUUCGUCAAGGCUCGGGAAUAUGACAAAGCCCUCACAAUGAGCGAAUGGCUAUGUUGUUUGUGCGAUUACGAACAAGUCGAGCGCUCACUUGUCGAGUACGGCUUUUUGAAUCUACAAUGCCUUAUGGAUCCGUAUUUUGGAAUAAGAGGCACUAGCUUCGAAUAUAUUGCGGCUAUCGUGAACCCAACUGCUGAAAACCGCUCAGCUCAGUUAAGUUAUGAUUUACUUGACAAAUUGGCUAGCAAGCCUCAAAAAGAAUGGUGGGAAAAAUUCCGAAAAGAGAUGCACUGGAUGGCGAUAGGCAUAUGUCAGUAUCAAGCCAAGCAUAACUUACAAGAAAGUACGGGGCAGCUUUUACGAAGUGUACAAACACGGCUCGGGCCUGGAUCGCCAUUCAACGAGAUUGAUCCCGACUCGGAGUUUACGGCAUUGUUACAUGGUGCUUUACUAGAUCUGUGGUUUGGCACAGUUGGAUGGGCCGUUUUGGACGAUGAAUACGUCUACCAGAAGGUCCUUGACUGGCUUGUUGAGAAUGACCACAGCCUGAUCCUGGAGUGGCUCAUCAUACAACUCACUGGCAAUGUAUUUCCUCGCUUUAAUGAGGAGAAAAUAACCGAAAUGGCGAGCUUCGCUGCAAGCAAACAGUACAACAAUGUCAUCCAGAUGCUAGCACGUCACAUUGAAAGGGACCAAUCCCUUCAGGGCGAAAUAGUUUCAAAUCUAGCGCUACAGGGAGAUGCAAAGACACUAGAAAUGAUUUUUGGAUGUUGGGAAGAGGCGGUGCUUACGACAGCCCGCGAGAUUGCUUUACUCAGAGCAGCAGGGAAUAAGCAGUUAUCAGUCAUCGAGGCCAACAUUCAACAUGGUGUCAAUUUGCAUGCAUGUGACAGUACCCAGGAGACAGCUUUAAUGAAAGCAGCAGCAAAUGGAGAUGCUGCCAGUGUCACUCUGAUACUUAAACAUAUAUAUCCGGUGAAUAUUGAUACUUGCAACGUGGAGGGAGACACUGCCUUGAUAAUGGCUGCGGCACUGGGUCAUGCUAGGGUUGUUGAGAUUCUUGUCGACAAUGGGGCAGAUGUCAAUAGGACUGGAAAGGGGGGCAGGACGGCAUUAAUGGCGGCAAUCUCCGUCAAAAGUCUACCAGUUGUUCGUUAUCUUCUGUCUCGAAACGCCGAUGUUCACGUGCAAGAUUAUAGCCAAGCCACCGUGCUGGAUGCAGCUAUAUACGUGGGAUUCGAUGGACCCUGGAAGGAAGGCUGCGAGCUUUUGGAACAAGCAGGGGCUACUCGUGGUUUACACCAACGCAAAUAAAUGUCUUCAAUUGAGUAUAGACUAUAUAUAUGAAUAUACAUUGCACAUAUACCGUGUUUUUGACCAUGAACAAAAGACGGUAAAUAAGGUAGAAAUGAAAUUACAAGCCGAAACCCCAGUUUCAAAUCAUCCACUUGCUGUGCUUGCACCAAUAUGCAUGGCGAAAGCAUUAACAUUCCUCGUCUGUAGGUAA